AUGAACGUUCAGGCCUUUGGUCGCGCCGUCCAGGCCUUUGGUCGCGAGCACCCCUUCCUCUUCGGCAGCGGCGGCGCGUGCGUCAAAACGGCGACCUGCGACGUCCUCGUGCAGUGCAAGGUCGAGGGUCGCGACACCAUCGACGCGAAGCGCACGGCCGUGUUCUCGACCUUCGGCUUCCUGUUCCUGGGCUGCUGGCAAUACACGCUCUUCGUCAAGAUCUUUCCGCGCGUGUUCCCGAACGUCGAGCGCUUCGCCGCGGCGCCGCUGCGCGACAAGCUGCGAGACGCCGCCGGGCUGCGCGCCGUCGCGGGCCAAGUCGCCAUCGAGAAUCUCGGCAACAACUGCAUCCUCUACUUCUCCUGCUUCUACACGGUCCAGACGCUCUACGACGGCGGCGCGCCGCUCGACGGGCUGCGCAAGUUCCGGCGGAACUUCGCCGAGGACGUCCCGUCGAUCCUCGCGCUCUGGGUGCCCGUGCAGACCGUCAACUUCGCCUUCUCGCCCCUCUGGCUGCGCGUGCCCGUCACGACGGCCGCGUCCUUCUUCUGGACGUCCUUCGUCUCGUUCUCGCGGGGGAAUAACGGCUAG